GCAACCGGACCGGCGCGCACACAGUUCGAAUUUUGAAAUAAUGUCAUUUUGAAUCAUAGACUAUAAAAGUUUUAUUUAUAGACAACUGGUUCUGUGGCCAGUGUUCAUUGUUUGAAAGAGGAUGCGCUGUGUAGGCCUUUGACAUCAACAUGUUCCGUUUUAUAAUACAGGCACUUUUGUUCAUCGUUAUAACUUCAACGGAGUCCAAAGACACUGAAUCUCUACUAUCAUCAGUUCUUCUACCAACAGAAGAAAACCAACUUCGGCUGACCAGAAGUUACUACGAUAGAUAUCGAAACGAAGACAGACCUUCCAGAUGUGGCCGAUGCGAUGACGACGAUGAUGAUAGAAGAGACGACAGAAGAGAUGACAGGAGAACUAACAGACAUGACAAUAGAUAUGACAGCAAUGAAGAAGACGACGACAAAAAGUACACAGCUGAUCGACGCAGUAGUAAAAACGAGACAGAUGACUCAGAUGAUAAAAGAUCUCACGAGGGUAAGAGAGAUAGAAACAGACCCAGAAGUAAACAUAGAAAUAGAUACGAUGACAGGGAUAGAUAUGGGCCAGAUUAUUACGACAGAUAUCUAAGAGAUCCGUAUAGAGACAGAUAUGAUGAUUAUCCGAGACGGUCUUCUGAUAGGUACGAUAGGUACGACGACUAUGGUAGGUACGACGGCUAUUACUCGGGGUACAGAAGACCGUACUAUGAGGACAGGUAUGACAGAUAUGAUGAUGGAUAUGGAGGGUACGGACCUGCGGCUGGAAGAGGACCACAUGAUAGUUUCAGGCCGUGGGAUGAAACAUACCGUGGGCAGGCGGGUUGGGACGCCGGCGGUCGAGGAUACUACUUCGCGUCAGGGAGACCUGAUUCAACGGUGUAUGCCCAAAGGGACUACGUCAGACCACAACCAGCGGCUGGGUGGCAAAGUGCUGCUUAUCCGAGCGGAUACUCUAACGACUACUCCAGCGGUUACGCUGGUUACGCUGAUAGAUACGCUAGUGGGAGUGGGUACGCCGGCGCUAGCGGUUACGGUGGUGGCAACAGUUACACUGGAUACCGAGUCCCGUACAGAACCAGUGGCUACAGUGGCUACCAGGACGUGGGCUCCGGCCAGGCAAGUGGCUGGCGUAACGUAGGAGAGCGAAGACCGUACAGAGACCAGAGUGGAGUACCAAAACUAGAUGACACAUAUGACCAAGGGUCAGAUAACGGUUAUAACCGAGUGAAUAGUUAUCACCAGACCAAAUACCAACCAGUAGCAACCUUCAGUCAGAGCAGCACCACUCCAGAAACCAGCUAUCUUCACCAGCGGGAUGAUGAAAUGGUGACAGUUCCAGAUGCAACUCAAUCGUCACAUGCUUAACAUUAAAAUAACAUUUCCACUAUUAUAAAACCUCCCAGAGAUAAAAAUCAAAACGGUUUAACACAAUUUUGUUUUGUAUUUUAUAUAAAUCACGUUGGAAAUACUAUUUUGAAGGGUGGGUUGCCUUAUCACAGCAAUAAUUAGUUUAUUGAGGGUAUGUCUAAGUAAAAUUUUGAUCAAAAAGACUUCGGUUGUAUACUAGAGUAGAACAAAGUAUUAAAAGGUGCUGUUAUGCUUUGAAUUAAUAAGAUACCGGCUUUUCAUUAUUUGUAUUUGAAAGAAUUAAAAAAAAACACAUCGUUAUUAUCCAAAUGUUUUGAGUUUUCUUUAGUGUUCAUUCCGCCAAUAUUAGUCUUUGAACAAUUCGAAACGUGUUUUGCCUCUACACGAGGCAUCCUCAGGAGAUUUAAACUCGCCGAACUCUGGCACGAGACUCAAGUGUCGAGACGAGAGUCUCGUGGCGGAAUUAUUACUAAAGAAAACACAAAAAAUUUGGAUAAUUAUGGAUUUCCGUAAAGUAACGUACUUCAAUAAAUUUUCACAUUGUAUUUCUCACUUUGGUAAAACCCAGUGUCGCUUAAUUAAUGAGGCUAGUUUAUUAUUAGAUAUUUUGUAUAUAUCACAAUAUUUGUAAGAUGAUUUUGUUUUCAGCUUUUUUUAUAUACUUACCUAUAUUAGUAAAGGAUUAUAUAUAAUGCCGUAGAGCUAAGCAGUUUUCCAGUUACCUAAAUAGCAGGUAAUAUUUUUUAAGAUUUGAUCACAUAUUUUACGUCAAAGUGAACUCAAAUUUUGAUAAAUAAAUAAAUAAGAUUACUAUUA